AUACAUUUGGUGUAAAGUUUAUAAUAUUAUGUAAAAUUCCCAAAACAUAAACCAAUUUAGUUAGCAUAACUACACCUUGAUAACCUUUUGACGAUAACCUUAUAAAAGUUAUCAUCAAAUUCAUGAAAUGUGCACACUUCUAAAUUUCACAUGAAACUUAAGAGACAAUUUUUAUGUUUAGUGCUUCAAUAUCGGUACCAGAGUAAGAUGGAAGUUGACAUAUCAGGUCUGAGAAAACAAUGCAAGAAUAAGGAUGAUGCUUUUUUGGAAAAGGACUUAGUAUCCAAAGAGCCGAUCGGGCAAUUUAAGGCUUGGUAUGAUGAAGUUUGUGCUGCUAAAGAUGUCCUUUUCCCCGGUGCCAUGUGUCUUGCCACAGUGUCACAGGAAGGAUUUCCAUCUGCUAGAUACGUCAUAUGCACUAGCUUCAAUAAAGAUGGUUUCAAGUUUUUUACCGACUUUACUAGUAGAAAGUCGAAAGAAAUGGAUAAAAACCCCAACGUAGCAGCCACAUUCUACUGGGCUGCCUGCGACCGAUCCAUCAGAAUCGAAGGACAAGUAGAGAAAUUACCCGAAGAAGAAUCUACAGUAGCAUUCAAGUCUCGUCCAGUUGACGCUCAAGCAGCAGUCUGGGCUAGUUCGCAGAGUAUUCCGAUUGAAUCGAAAACCUUAUUAGGCGAGCGACAGAGUGAGUUGAGAAAUAAGUUCCUGGCUGAGAAGGAGGUGCCGAAACCAAGUUACUGGGGAGGAUACAUAAUACGUCCAAACGCUGUAGAGUUUUGGCAAGCUCAGUCCAACCGUCUUUCUGACAGGAUACGGUUCAGAAGACCAGAAGAUGGGGAAAUUCCGGAUGGGAAACUACUUCAUGAAGGCGAAGAUGGUUGGGUUUAUGAACGACUCUCGCCUUAACAUUUUAUAAUGCAUAAAUAAUGCAAAAUUGAACCCAAUCACUUUGAAAUAAAGUUCAAAAUCAGGUGCAAAAUAUAUUCCCUCUGGCUUAUAUUUGGACCUUGAUGAAAGUAGUGUAGCGACUUGAGUAUUUUGAAUCUAUAUUUGAAGAACUCAACUCGCAUUCUGAGACUUAGCGCUUAGAAAUCUUCCAAGUAUUUUAGUGCUAAGAGUAUUUUUUUAGGUUUUACCUAAAGAACAGUAAAAGAUAGGCGUUAACCCAAUAUUUGGAUAAAAAUUUAAGAGUUCUCUGAAGAGGACUCAAGUCUAAAAAAUUGGUCUCUAAUAAGUUGAAAAGAAGAAGUCUUAACUAACGCCAGAUGGGUGUUAGAGCUGGCCCCAGAAAAUGGUCAACGGUUUCAAGAACAAUGAAACUUAUAUCUUGUUAUUUUGCUGCAUUAUUACCUUAUUACUAGAUCCAACACCAAUGAGAAUUUCCUGGAUUCAACGGGCAUUAGUAAUGAACUUUAAAGGGCUGUCACAAUAGAUCACUGCCUGGUCGACGUGGCACUCAAAGUCCCACAAACUCCAAUAAUAAUAAUAAGAGAUUCAAAGGUGUAUGCGAAGUCCCCAGCCCGCAUAUGGGUCAGCGUGGGGACUAUAGCCCAAGCCCUCUCGAACAUGAGAGGCCGGUGCCCAGCAGUGGGACAUAUAUAGGCUGAAUUAUUAUAUUACUAGAUCAUCGUCUGGCAGCUGUUCAUUAAAAGUCAAAACCGUACACCAUUUUUCUAGGCUAGCUCUCCGUCAAUCUGAUUUUAAGCCAAAUUGGUCGAACCAAGGUCAUUCUGUAUGGCAUUUGCAAUGACUAAGUGUGGCAAUGUCAUAAUACUUUUAAACUUCUAUUAAGAAUGACGUUUAUAAUGACACUGCCUUAACUUUGUUUAGUUCCGUUCGAAUCGGUGUAAAGUUAGCUUAGAUGGACUCUAAUAGCAUCUACAGACGACCGCACCAGACCGCGACCUUGGCGCGGUCCGGCGCACGUUCGAUCGUGUGCAAAUCGUGUGUAACGUGGUCCGCCGUACGGCCGUUAUGGACGCAACUAUAAGUGAGAGCGAGAAAUAUAUAUUUUCACCCCAACAAGGUAAUUAGUUAAGAGUUAACUGCCAAAGAAGGCCAUGGCCGUGCUCUUAGCCCCAGCAAAGUGUGAUAUGCUCAAUAAAUAAAAUAAAUUUCAAAAA